UCCCCCUCCUCCGUCGCGCCUCCUCCUCCUCCUCCUCGGCUUUCCCGGCGGAAACCCGAAUCCGCAUCUUCCGUUCCAUCGCUCCCCCAUUCCUCCGCCGCCACCGCGCGCGGCGGAACCUCCCCCGUCCUCCGCCGCUCCCGCGCUUCGACGAGCCGAGCAGCGAGCCGCUCAGCAGGAAUCCGUCCCUCGUCUCUCCCGCGAUCACGCCGCCCCGCCUCCCCUGAAAAAUGGCGGACUCGGGGACUACGCUCAUGGAUCUCAUCACCGCCGAUCCGUCGACCGCGUCGUCGACGACGUCGUCGUCCGCUUCGUCGGCUCCGGCGGCUCAGCCGACGGCGCUCGGGAGGCCGGUGGCUCCUGCCUCCGAGAGGAAGUCCAGGAAGGCCACUCUCAUGCAGAUCCAGAACGACACCAUUUCCGCUGCUAAAGCCGCGCUCAACCCCGUCCGCACCAACAUCAUGCCCCAGAGGCAAAAGAAAAAGCCCGUCUCCUAUUCUCAACUUGCUAGGAGUAUUCAUGAACUAGCUGCAACAUCUGAUCAGAAAAGCUCUCAAAAGCAGCUAGUGCAUCAUGUGUUUCCCAAACUGGCUGUGUACAAUUCAGUUGAUCCGUCUUUGGCUCCAUCUCUUCUCAUGCUCAGUCAGCAAUGUGAAGAUAGGAGUGUCCUUCGUUAUGUAUACUAUUACUUGGCUAGGAUUUUAUCUGACACUGGUACUCAAGGUUCAAAUCCUGGAGGUGGAAUUCCAACUCCUAAUUGGGAUGCCCUUGCUGACAUGGAUACUGUUGGAGGAGUGACUCGAGCUGACGUUGUACCGCGAGUGGUAAAACUGCUCACCACAGAGGCCACUAUUGUAGAUGUGGAAUUCCAUGCACGGAGGCUGCAAGCUUUGAAGGCCCUUACAUAUGCUCCUUCAAGCAACACAGAGAUUUUGUCCCACCUGUACGAAAUUGUGUUUGAUAUUCUCGAUAAGGUUGCAGAUGCUAACCAAAAACGUAAGAAAGGUGUAUUUGGGACAAAAGGUGGUGAUAAGGAGUCUAUCAUCCGGAGUAAUCUGCAAUAUGCUGCUAUGAGUGCUUUAAGAAGACUCCCCCUUGAUCCUGGGAAUCCAGCAUUUCUUCAUCGCUCGGUUCAGGGUGUUUCCUUUGCUGAUCCUGUUGCUGUGAGGCAUUCUUUGGAAAUCAUCUGUGAGCUGGCUACAAGAGAUCCUUAUGGAGUUGCAAUGGCAUUAGGAAAGCUUGUAGCACCUGGAGGGGCCUUGCAGGAUGUCUUGCAUUUACAUGAUGUCCUUGCAAGAGUUUCACUAGCCAGAUUAUGUCACAGCAUUUCCAGGGCUCGAGCACUGGAUGAACGGCCCGAUAUAAAAUCUCAGUUUAACUCUGUGCUCUAUCAGCUUCUGCUAGACCCAAGUGAAAGAGUAUGCUUUGAGGCAAUCUUAUGUAUUUUAGGAAAAUAUGACAACACAGAGAGGGCUGAGGAAAGGGCUGCAGGUUGGUAUCGUUUAACUAGGGAGAUUCUCAAGUUACAGGAAGCACAGUCUGUGUCAUCAAAGGACUCUAGUGCUGAAUCAAAAGAUGCUCUUCCACCAAAGCCAAGUAAAGACAAAUCUCAAAAGACUAAGCGCCCACAACCCCUUAUUAAAUUAGUAAUGAGAAGGUUGGAGAGUUCUUUUCGUAGCUUCUCUAGGCCAGUCCUUCAUGCUGCUGCCAGAGUGGUGCAGGAAAUGGGGAAGAGUAGAGCUGCUGCAUUUGCUCUAGGCUUACAGCAUAUUGAUGAAAGUGUUCAGGUCAACACAUUUGCUGAAAGUGUAGAUUCAGUUGAUCCAGAUAGUGAAAAUCCAUUUUCAGGAGGUAGUCGGAGAACCUCUUCUAUAUCUAGUGGGCCAGGUAGCAAGGAUACAAUAGCUAGUCUCUUGGCUUCAUUGAUGGAAGUGGUGAGGACAACAGUGGCAUGCGAGUGUGUUUAUAUUCGAGCAAUGGUGAUCAAAGCAUUGAUCUGGAUGCAAAGUCCAUAUGAAUCUUUUGAAGAACUAGGAUCUAUUAUUGCAUCAGAGCUUUCGGAUCCAUCUUGGCCUGCACCACUUCUGAAUGACAUCUUGCUCACUUUGCAUGCUCGUUUUAAGGCUACUCCAGAUAUGGCUGUCACUCUUCUUGAAAUUGCAAGGAUAUUUGCAACAAAAGUUCCUGGGAAGAUAGACGCUGAUGUCUUACAAUUACUGUGGAAAACAUGUCUUGUUGGAGCUGGUCCUGAUGGGAAGCACACUGCUUUGGAAGCAGUUACUGUUGUUCUUGAUUUACCACCACCUCAACCAGGGUCUAUGUUGGGUCUUACCUCCGUCGAUACUGUGUCCGCGUCCGAUCCAAAGUCAGCUCUUGCACUACAGAGGCUUGUCCAAGCAGCGGUUUGGUUCCUUGGAGAAAAUGCGAACUAUGCUGCUUCUGAAUAUGCUUGGGAAUCUGCAACUCCUCCUGGUACUGCCUUGAUGAUGUUGGAUGCAGAUAAAAUGGUUGCAGCUGCUAGUUCUCGUAAUCCUACUUUAGCUGGUGCCUUAACUCGACUGCAGAGGUGUGCUUUCAGUGGCAGCUGGGAGGUUCGCAUUAUUGCUGCUCAAGCUCUCACUACCAUGGCAAUCAGGUCCGGCGAGCCAUUUAGACUACAGAUAUAUGAAUUCUUGCAUGCUUUAGCUCAGGGUGGUAUGCAGUCUCAAAUUUCAGAGAUGCAUGUCAGUAAUGGUGAAGAUCAAGGUGCCAGUGGUACUGGUCUCGGAGUUUUAAUAAGUCCAAUGUUAAAGGUUCUUGAUGAAAUGUAUAUGGCACAAGAUGAGCUGAUUAAGGACAUACGUCACCAUGAUAAUGCGAAGAAGGAAUGGACAGAUGAAGAAUUGAAGAAGCUAUAUGAAACACAUGAGAGGUUGUUAGAUCAGGUUUCGCUGUUCUGUUAUGUUCCGAGAACAAAGUAUCUACCUUUGGGCCCGAUAAGUGCAAAACUUAUUGACGUGUACCGCACGAAGCAUAAUAUAAGUGCUUCGACUGGUUUGAGUGAUCCAGCUGUUGCCACUGGAAUAUCGGAUCUAAUAUAUGAUUCCAAACCAGUUCAUGCUGAGCCAGAGACACUUGACGAUGACCUAGUAAAUGCUUGGGCUACAAACCUUGGUGAUGACGGCUUGUGGGGUAAAAAUGCACCAGCUAUGAGCAGGGUUAACGAAUUUCUCGCUGGUGCUGGAACUGAUGCUCCUGAUGUUGAGGAGGAGAACAUCUUUUCUCGGGCUUCAGUGAGUUAUGAUGAUAUGUGGGCGAAGACGCUCUUGGAAACUACAGAAGUUGAUGAAGAUGAUGGAAGGUCAUCUGGCACAUCUUCCCCAGAGUCAACAGGAUCGGUUGAAACUUCAAUAUCAUCCCACUUUGGUGGAAUGAACUAUCCUUCAUUGUUCAGUUCCAAACCAUCCUAUGGUUCUUCACAGGCAACGGAGAGGUCUGGAACAAGCAGGUUUAGUAGCACGCCUGUUGGUGGUCCCUCGAUAUACGAGGGUGUAAGCUCUCCGAUUAGGGAAGAGCCUCCGUCAUACGAAUCAUCCGUUAUGCGACGGUAUGAAUCAUUUGAGAAUCCUUUGGCUGGGCAUGGCUCCCAAAGUUUUGGUUCCCAGGACGAUGACAGGACUACAUCUGGGAAUCCACAAUUUGGAACCGCUUUAUAUGACUUCACUGCUGGGGGAGAUGACGAGUUAAAUUUGACAGCAGGAGAAGAGGUAGAAAUUGAGGAUGAAGUCGAUGGCUGGUUUUAUGUGAAGAAAAAGCGCCCAGGACGGGAUGGGAAAAUGGCUGGGCUCGUCCCUGUACUAUAUGUCAGUCAAUCUUAAGAGAUGAUUUUGCAAGAUCCUCUUCACUCUGACGCAUGGUUUUUAUUGUGUGUCAACAUGACGAGCCUAUGAUUUCAUACACGAGUAGCGGAAGCACGCCUCCCGCUCCAUGGGCCCGGGAAUUUCGAUCUGUUAUUUUUUGACCGGCGGGCUUGCUCGUGACUGAGUAGCCCCACCCAGCUGUAUGUUAGAUACUCGUGAUUUCUCAUUUCAGAUUCUCUCUGGGAAUCUGGGAUUUCAAACGAGAAGUGCCGGUGUGGGAAUUCUAUUAAGUCGCAGCUGUAUAAUAGUGUAUUCAGAUCAUAUUUUUGUUCCCGUAUUCUAAAAUUUUUUCAUUGUUGAAGAGCACUCUGAUAUAUACAAGUGUAGAUUUUUUC